AUGGGGAUGAUAGGAAAGAAUAGCAUCAUUCAUGACAUCCGUCUCCUGCGGCGACGCCACUGGUCGACAUGGGUAACAGUGUGGCCAUUUGUGGUACUUUACUCUGUGAGCUUCGCACUGUACAUGGACCCUGAGCUGGUGUGGGAUCGUGUGACGUAUCUCCUGCACACAACCUACAUUGACUUCUUUCACGCUAUUUGCAUCCCCGUAUUGCUCUUUUUCCACGGCUUCCUGUCGCUCUUUACGAUUUGGUCCGUGCGCUUCCGCUCCACGAUUCUCUUCCACGCAGUGCACCCCGACAACAUGGCGUCAGCCACCCAUGUCUUUGUGUGCACACACGAUCAUAAAGGAGAGUCGGAGAUCGUGCCGCUUAUUCCCCCAUGCGAUGGGCACCCCACGUGCUUUGUAUUCCAGCAGCGGAAGUGGAAGCUGGACGCCGCGACCGGCUGCUUCGUAAAACCCCGCUUCCCCACGAAAAACACCUUGGCGUCGUACGUGGAGUGGAAGGGGCUUGGCACCGCAGAUGACUGUGCGCGGCAGCUCGACACAUUCGGCGCGAACAAGAUGGAGGUGGUGAUUCCGGAGUUCCAGAGCCUCUUCGUCGACCACGCACUCGCACCAUUCUUCGUGUUCCAGAUGUUUUGCGUUCUGCUUUGGUGCCUGGAUGAGUACUGGUACUACUCGCUCUUCACAGGCGUUAUGAUGGUGGGCAUGGAGUGCACCGUCGUGGUGCAGCGCAUCCGCAACAUGAAAACGCUGCGCGACAUGGCGGAGGUGCCGGUUCGCCAAAUGACGGUGCUCCGCGGCGGCUCUGAGGUGCGCGUUGCGACGUCGGAGCUGCUGCCGAUGGACCUCAUUGUGGUGGAGAGCAACGCGCCGUGCCCGGUUGACGCGUUGAUUGUGUGCGGCACGUGCGUCGUGAACGAGGCGACACUGACGGGUGAAUCGACGCCGCAGCUGAAGGAGGCAGUUGACCGCGUCGACAUCACGCUCGACGUGAAGAAGCACACACGUCACAUGCUCUUCUCGGGCACGCAGCUGCUUCUCAGCAACGGCCCCCACGGUAAGAAAGACACUGAACGCGGCCGAGCUCUCGCGGUUGUGCUCAAGACGGGCUUUGAGACGAAGCAGGGGAAGCUGCUGCGCACCAUCCUACACAGUCAGGGCCGUGUGAGUGAAAAUAGUGGAGAGUCGUUCGCUUUUAUUGGUGUCCUUGUCGUGUUCGCGCUGGCCGCUGCUGGGUAUCUUCUUAAGCGGGGUCUUCACGACCCUAACAGGAGUCGCUGGAAGUUAUUUCUGUCGUGUGUGCAGAUUAUCACAGCGGUGGUGCCUCCCGAGCUGCCGAUGGAGCUUUCCCUGGCAGUCAACACCUCACUGCUCGCCCUCAUCAAGCUACAGGUUUUCUGUACAGAGCCUUUCCGAAUUCCGUUUGCUGGUAAGGUUGACACAUGCUGCUUCGACAAGACAGGAACUCUCACUACAGACGAGAUGCUUUUUGGGGGCGUCGACAUGGCGGACGGGAGUGGUCUGCUUAAUCAACUCAAGACGGUACCAAAGACAGCGGAGACGGUGCUUGUGACGUGCCACUCCCUGCUGCAACUUGAGGGAACUGACACGGUGGCUGGUGAUGCAAUGGAGAAGGCUUCGGUGGGCGCGCUUGGGUACAAAGUGGGCCACGACGACUCUGUUGUGUAUGACCCACCGCCGCCAAAGAGCAACGACGAGGGGAAAAACGCAGACACAUGCAAGUCUGCCAGCAACAAGAAAAAAGAUGCUCAUGGAAACAAACAGUACAAAAUUCUUGCGAGGUUUCCCUUUCUGGCGAAUCUGCGUCGUAUGUCCUGCGUCGUGAGCUCUCAAGAUGGGAAGCUUGUCGUGACAAAGGGAUCGCCUGACGCGAUAGCGAAGUUGUGCGUAAAUGUUCCGCCCGAUUUUCACGCCGUGGCGAAUGCUCACGCCUCAAGUGGGUACCGCGUGAUUGCGCUGGCGUCUCGCCACUUGCGAGAGGAGGAGCGGUCGAAGGAGGCUAUCCAGAGCAUGAAGCGGGAGGACUGUGAAAAGGACCUCACCUUCGCCGGUCUCGCGGUGUACGAGUGUCCACUGAAGAAGGAUGCGAAGAGCACUAUUUCGAAUUUGCAGGGUGGAAGCCACCGCUGUGUCAUCAUCACAGGUGACAGUGUGCAAACGGCCAUUUCAGUUGGGCGCGAUGUGUCGAUUCUGGAAUGCCGCCGGCAGCUGGUUGCGAGUGGCGGGAAAGAUGGCAGUGCUGCAGUGGUGUGGCAUGACGCCUCAACGGGCGAUUCAGUGUCUCUGGACGAGCGCGCGAUUCUCGACAAGACAUUUGUGCGCACACGCAAGCAUAUGACCCCUGCUGAAGACGAAUGGGAUCUCUGCGUGAACGCGGAGAACAUUUCGCCGACCGCCAUGACAGCCCUCAUCGCCGCGUGCAACGAAAAGAUCUCUGUGUGGGCCCGCUGCGCCCCAACGCAGAAGGAGGACAUCGUCACAGACCUUAAGAAGAAGGACCACAUCGUUCUCAUGGCGGGCGACGGCACGAAUGACGUGGGGGCGCUGAAGCAGGCACACACCGGCAUCGCCGUGCUGAACGCCGCCGCGGUAGCAGCGCCGGAGAACGGCGACGGCGGCGCGGUGGUUGACAGAACACCACAGCCGCACAGCGAACCAGAUAUCCCUGCAGAAUAUAAAAUCCCACCAGGGUUUAAAUUGACGGUUGUGCCGCCGCAGCCGCCGCAGGACGCGCCUCUUAUGGAGCAGGUUCGCUGGAAGAUGACAGAGGCCCGCCGAAAGGCUGAGGUAAUGCAAAUCACGCGUUGGAACAAGCAGUUGCAGGCAAACAAGCAGAAGAAAGAUGCGGAGAAGGCCGCCGCGCCACCACCGCCCCCAGGGUCUACUUCCGACUUUCUUAUGGAGUCGCUCUUCAAUGCGGACGACAUGGACAUGGGUGGGCCACCGCAGAUCAAGCUUGGUGAUGCGUCUAUUGCGGCACCCUUUACGUGCCGCUCUAAGGCGCUCAUGUCCAUUUGCGACAUUGUUCGGCUUGGUCGAAGUACCCUUGUGACGACGCUGCAGAUGUACAAAAUCCUUGCCCUCAACUGCCUUACCUCAGCGUACUCCAUGUCGGUGUUGCAGACUGACGGUGUGAAGCUUGGUGAGAAGCAGAUGAUCCUGGCGGGAAUGAUUCUCUCUGUCUGCUUCCUCUGCAUGUCACGUAGUCAGCCACUGCCACAUCUUUGCCCUCAGAGGCCAAUUACACGGGUAUUCCAUCCAUACAUGGUCUGUACAAUAUUUUUGCAGUUUGCCCUGCACCUGUACAGUAUGAUGAAAACCGUGAAGCUAGUGGAGGAGGUGGACAGCGCUGAGGUGGAGAACAUGCGGCAGAUGGGCACUGAGGGGGAGUUCAAACCAACGUUGCUUAACUCGGCGAUGUUUAUGCUUACCUCACUCAUGGGUGGCGUCACCUUCGCGGUCAAUUAUCGCGGCGAGCCCUUUAUGCAGAGCAUGCGUAAGAACAGGCCCAUGUUCUACGCGCUGAUUUUUCUCACACUAGUUGUAUUCUACUUUGCAUCCGAGACCGAUCCAGAGGUGAACGCCAUGUUUGAGAUUGUGGCGUUCCCCUCGUUGGAGUUCCGCCAGCGUUUCAUUCAGCUGCUGGUGGUAGAUGCUGGUGGGAGUUUCGUUAUCGAGUACGCCUGUCUUUACCUCCUGACCGACUAUGCGUGA